AUGAAACACGUCUCAGUGGGACCUACAGGAAUCUGGGGAGUCGACAGUUCAGACGAAGUCUAUAAAUAUGGUGGCGGUGAUUUUCUUCUCUCCCAAGGCUGGACCUGUGACCUGGGUCCACAGCACUCUGGUGCGACACAGAUCGAUGCUGGACAGGGACAAGUUGUGAUGACAAACGACAAGUCUGAAGUGUUUUUUCUGAGUGGAUCGACGUGGGCCAGACUGGGUUCAGUCCCCCUCAAACACGUCUCAGUGGGAUCUGCAGGAAUCUGGGGAGUCGACAGUUCAGAAAAAGUCUACAAAUAUGUAGCUGGCGAUUUCAUUCUAAUGAGUGGCCAGAGCUUGAUUCAGCUGGAUGCAGGAGGUGAAGGGCAGGUGGUCGGAGUCAACAGCUCUGCUUCCACUCACUGUCUGAAGAGUGGCUUUGCUUCAGCCUUCAACCAAGUUGCCUCUAUGAGCUGGGACAGUAUUGAGACGAACCUGCUUUAUAUCAGCUGCAACGCCCAUGGAUGCUGGACAGUGAUGCCAUCCCACAAAAUCUUCUUUAUGAAAAUUGAGCCUGAUUCCUGUGAGACGACCAACUGGAAGGCUGUGAACGGAGCAGCAUCGAUUGUUGAAGCUGGGACAGAUGGAUCCGUCUUCAUGAUAAACGAAGAGGGUCAGCUCUAUGAGAGAACUGGAAUCUCCUCUUCUUAUCCAGUGGGAACUGGUUGGACUCUAAUACCAAUGACCAGUAACAUGAGACACAUCAGCUACGACCAGGGCGUCCUGUGGGCCAUAAAUGACAUUGGUGCCAUCCUGACAUGCACAAAGAAAUGUGAUCACUGUCUUUGA